CAUGCCACAAUUUAAACGGGAUCGAAAGAUAAUCUUUCUCUCUCCAUUGACUUCAAUACAAACUUUUCCCGAAAUAAGGUCCCAUGAGUCCCACCGGAAGGGGAGGGACUUCGCCUCGUUUACUUUUUUCGUUGUCUACUAAACCGGAAGCUAAACAAAUGGGCUGGGCAGCACAAGGUAAAUAAAUAGAAUAGGAUAGGAUAGGAUAGGAUAGGAUAGGAUAGGAUAGGAUAGGAUAGGAUAGGAUAGGAUAGGAUAGGAUAGGAUAGGAUAGGAUAGGAUAGGAUAGGAUAGGAUAGGAUAGGAUAGGAUAAAGAAGAAGAAGAAGAAACCGUUUCUUAUUUAUAGAAACAAUAAAAUCAUCGAAAAAUGUCCACGAGAAACUUCAUCUUGCGUUGCAAAAGGACAAUAAAUGACUGCACAAGACUUCUCCAAACUUGCUGGUCAUGCUGUGUUACAAUCCACAAUAGUGAAGUUAGAAACAAUGGAGAGGAGCCUCGAGUGGUCACGGGGCAGGAUGAUUAACGUCCCUACAGCUGAUCUUUUACUUCAGGACCUUCGGGAAUAUAUAGUUGAAGUCCGGAGAUCUUGGCCUACCACAACCGCACAACAAGGUCAUUCUGGCUACCACGCCCCGCUCAUUCUGUUGGGUGGCCGAGGUCCCCCACAAUACAGCAUUUCGAGAGAGCAACUCUCUUUUUUGAGGAGCUGUGGUUUUACAGCUACAAAGAUGGCACAGAUAUUAAAAGUAUCUCUGCGCACAGUGACACGGCGAUUGAGGCGGUUCCACAUGCUGCGCUCUGGGAUAUACUCCACCAUCUCAGAUGCUGCACUAGACGACCUCAUCAAGGAGAUAGUAGCUGGGAAUAACCAGAUUGGCCCUGAAUCUGUCAGGGCACAGCUGCAGGCCCAGCAGUUGUGGAUACAGAGAAGCAGAGUGCGGGACAGCAUGAGGCGGAUAAACCCAGAAGCAGCUGCACUACGGGCAAUGUCACAGAGACUGCACCGUAGAGCAUACCGGGUCGCCGGACCAAACUCCUUAUGGCACCUAGAUGGAAACCACAAAUUAAUAAGGUGGAGGAUUGUCAUUCUUCGGCUGGUCGUCUUCCUCUGGGCCUCAGACAACAACAGGAGCACUACCGUGAUGGCGAGCUUCAUGGACGCGGUGGCCAAGUAUGGUGUGCCCUCGAGGGUCAGAACCGACCAUGGGGGCAGAAAACAAAUCUGUCUGCCUAAUGAUGAGCAUCUUCAGAGGCUCUCACAGAGGCAGUGCUCUCCGUGGAAGAAGCACCCACAACCAGAGAAUAGAACGGCUCUGGGGUGACCUGUGGCGAGGUGUGAGCAAUGUCUAUUACGACCUCUUCAACUUCCUGGAGAGUGAAGGCAUAAUAGACAUAGACAAUGAAAUGCACAUGUGGGCCCUGCAUUAUGUCUAUCUCCCGCGCAUAAACCAUGACCUACGGGGUUUUUUGGACCAGUGGAACAAUCAUGGGUUGAGGACCGAAAGACACCAGAGUCCCAUACAAGUUUUUGUCCAAGGUUGCCUGGAACGGCAGGGCCAGACCACUUCUGCCAUGCAGAGCCUCUUUGGUGGAGGACAAGGAGAUGCUCAGGAGGAGCCAGAAAGAGAGGGUGGAGCUGAUGAUGGGGAUGUUGCAUUGGACUGGCCAGAGAGGGUCACCGUACCUCGAAACCAGCACCUGCUAAGCGAUGAGGACAUGGAGCAACUCACCGCACAGUUUGAUCCUCUUGCUGGUCGUAGAGGAGAUCUUGGACUGGACGUCAUCCAAAAUAUACUGUCAUUCAUGGCAACAUUGAAUGUUGUCUGAUUUUGUCACGGACAUGACACAUAUUUCACAACGGCUCCUCCGCAGGCUGUUCUUUGCCCUUUGAACUCACACUAAUUGCCUUUUUUAAAACUACUACUUUGCACAAUUUUCUAGUGAGUAUAUGUGUGUACCUACCUUUGUUUUUAUGUUGUAGUA